UGUGGUGAUUCUACAUUAUCUUCACUUCCUAAAAUGACUUUUAUGUGAUAUUCUAAUUUUUUGAUUAGCUGGAUUCCAGAGUUUUUCCCUUCACGUCGUUUAAAACAUCCAGAAAAGUCCAGAAAUAUGUUUCUGGAUCGGUUUGCUCCCCUUCAGCACCGCUCCUCAUGCAGGCUGCAGACACACGCGCUAUGUGUUGCGUGAUGAAACAUGAGUCAGCAGUUUGUUGAAACAUACACAGUAUCUGAGCGAGCGCACGGCGGCUGGAUGCUGGUGAUAACACACACACACACACACACACACACACACACACACACACACACACACACACACACACACACACACACACACACGUUGCCAUCCAGGCUGUUUGUUUGGUGCAGAAACACGCCUGACAUGUUGCUAUUUUCUGUGUUUUUAAAAUGAUUUUUCUCCCACUGAAGGACGUUUUCCUCUUUAAAUCCACAGGUUGUUUUAAUAAGCAUGCAGCAAAAAUUUGAGAGAAAUAAAAAACUCACAAAAAUCUAAAAACAAAGCAAGAAGAACAAGACAACAAAUACAGAGACACAGGAAGCGGCGGAUCAUCAAUAAACAAACAGAAAACCGAGUUUGGCAGCAAAACUCACCGUCUGAGCCGAUCCGAGCGCCAGCGCUUCAGCGAGGAGGUGAAGAUGCUCAAAGGCCUGCAGCAUCCCAACAUCGUGAGGUUCUACGACUCCUGGAAAUCCGCGAAGUGCAUCAUCCUGGUGACGGAGCUCAUGACGUCUGGGACGCUCAAAACGUACGUGCGCCGGUUCCGCCCCAUGAAGCUGAAGCUGCUGCAGAGAUGGAGCCUGCAAAUCCUGAAAGGUCUCCACUUCCUGCACUCCCGCUCGCCACCGAUUCUCCACCGAGACCUGAAAUGCGACAACGUCUUCAUCAACGGCCCCACCGCCUCGGUCAAGAUUGGGGACUUGGGCCUUGCGACGCUCAAGAAGGCCUCGUUCGCCAAGAGCGUCAUCGGAACGCCUGAGUUUAUGGCUCCAGAGAUGUAUGAGGAGAAGUAUGACGAGGCCGUGGACAUUUACGCCUUCGGUAUGUGCAUGCUGGAGAUGGCAACUUCAGAGUAUCCGUACUCGGAGUGUCAGAACGCAGCCCAGAUCUACCGCAAAGUCACCAACGGAAUCAAACCGGAUAAUUUUUAUAAAGUACAAAACCAGGAGCUGAAAGAGAUCAUCGAGGGCUGCAUCCAAACCAGCAGCAGUGAGAGGUUUACGGUUGAGGAUCUGCUGGCGCACCGGUUCUUCCAGGAAAAGACGGGUUACUGUGUGGAGCUUGCUGAGGAAGACGAUGGUGCAAAGGCGGCGCUGAAGCUCUGGCUCAGGGUGGAAGACAAGAAGAAGCUUCUGGGCAAAUACAAAGACAACAAUGCCAUUGAGUUCCUUUUUGAGCUGUACAAAGACGUCCCUGAAGAGGUCGCCCAGGAGAUGGUGAUCCUGGGAUUUGUGUGUAAGUCUGACUACAAGGUGAUCGCCAAGGCGAUCAGAAACCGAGUGACUGCCAUAAAGCAGGGGCGCGACAAAAAGCGCCGCCUGCUGGAGGAAGCUCUGAACAACCUUAAAGCGGCUGUCAACAAGGCGACUGAGCCAGUCCCCGAUCAGUCCAAACUGUCCAAUCAGAAGCCUGCAUCCGUUUUGAACGCGUCUGCUUCUGGAAAUGUGGCCAAUCAGAAUGAUGACAUGCAAGCCCCGCCCACGGCAUCCAGCCCAGCACGGAUGCCGUUGGCGAGCAGCAGCCAGGCAGAUUCUGGGAUCAGCAUCUUGUCCAGCAAAACGGAAGAAGAUGGAGACGAGGACCAAGACAGGGCAACCAAACACGCGUCUCACUCCUCAGCUGCCUCUGACUGUGAAACAGGAAUCUUCUUCAACACCCCUCCUGCGGCUCCAGAGGCUCCUCCUAUUUCGUUAAGCUCCGCCCCCAAUCCAGGGACUCCGCCUCCUUUGAGUCGGACGGCUUCCAAAGCUCCGCCCUUCCCGGUGUUGCGCUUCCCAAAGAGCAUUGCUGUUUCUCAAAGUUCAGAAAAACAUCCCACUGAUUCACGCUGCGGCUUCUCCUCACCUGUCGACAGCUACUCCUCUGACAUUACAUCCGGCCUGAGUGACGGCAACGACGGCCAGUCAGAUCGGAGCAAGCAGGAAGCAGCGAGAAGAGAAGCAACGAAGCAGUUCAGGCGUAGAGUCAGAGCCCGGCUGAGGAUCGUCGGGGUGUCCGACAAGGUGGACCGAGUGGUGGAGUGUCAGCUGCAGACUCACAACAACAAGAUGGUGACCUUCAAGUUUGACCUGGAUGGAGACAAUCCAGAGGACAUCGCCUCUGUGAUGCUGCUCAGAGACUUCAUCCUGCCAUCAGAGAGAGAUGGGUUUAUUCUACGCAUGUAUGAAAUGAUAAAGAGGGCAGAGUUAAUGAUGCAUCAGCAGCAUCCAGCAGACGCCAGCAGGUUGCCCAACUUGACUGCAUCUGCAUUGCCUGAAUCACAGUUAAAUGAGGCAACAAAGGGUCUGUCCAGGACUUUGUCUUCGUCCUCUUUACCUGAUAUUGAUAACAGUGACCCCUCACCUUUGAAAGCUGUGGAUUUCCUCAUCGACACCGAGGCCACACCCCUCGUCAGACCGCUGAGGUCACAGUCUUUUCAGACUCCAUCUGCUUCCUCCUAUCAGCACCCCCAGUUCUCCCUCCACUACCCCCACCCAGACUCCAACACUACUUCCCAACCGCAUCGCCCACAAGCUGCUCAAUACCAACUCCAGAAUCACCCCUAUUCCACUUACACUGCCUCCUUCCCAAACAUGUACCCCCUCUCCCAACUGCCCCGGGUGCAAAGCAACCCUUCCCUUUUCACCCCCACUACUUCUCCAUCAGCACCCAAUCCUCCCCAAUGGCCCUCCCCAGACCAACCUUACUUUUCCUUGGCUAACGUCAUCUCUGUGGCAAUGAGUGUGGCUCAGUCCUUGUUACCCCAAUCUGGGGCCCCCAAUCAGGGCUUAUAUCCCCACACUCCACCUUUAUCUCCCCCAUUCUCAAACCCUCAACCUCCCCUCUCUUCCUCUGGGUCUCCGUCUUUGGGUUCUGGUCUCCAACAUCAAAACCAAGGUUCAUUUUCCAAUUCCUUCUCCUUGCAACAAACAUACUCCCCACCAAGACCUCGGAUUGGCUCAUUUAGGGACAGUGAGCAGGAUCCCAGAAACAACAGGAUCUCAGAAACACCUCAGCUCAUCAGUUCUGGCCGUACAGCUGACUUACCUUCACCCCCUAAUGGUGAAGGUACAUCUUUUUCUCCAAGUCUGACCAGUAGACCCACUCACAGAGAAGAGCUCUCAGACUCAUCGACCUCUUCCUCCACAUCAUCUCCUCGUCCAUCAACUCCUUGCAAAAUGGUAUCCCCUCCUGUUUCUCCAUCAGGAAGAAUGUCUCCGACCCUAAAAGUAAAGGAACCAGGUUUCACAGUUGGACGCUUCCAGGUGUCACCCUCUUCAGGAGGUCCCUCCACCACCCAGUCCGUGACUCCAUCCAAUAAAGAUCAACCAGAGCACACAAAAAGCAGUUCAGAGACGAGCCAAUCAGAGAGCAGCAACCCCACAGUCACCAUCUCCCCUCCUGUCAACUAUGACAGUCUGUCUGGUCAGGAGCAGAAGACGGCGGGGAGCCGCAGGCUGAGUGUCAGUCUGUGGGAGGGGUCAGGCCAUUCUGCCACCUACAGCUCUGAUGAAUCAGAGGGCGAGGAGAUGUGGGAGGAGCUAAUGGAGCUUCGUCAAAGACACCUGGAGCAGGUGCAGAGCCUGCAGGUGAGUCAGAAGCGAGAAAUUGAGGAGCUCUAUCGACAGAAAGGUAAAGCCCCGCCCCCCAGCAUUAUCCCUCCGGCGGCCAUGUUGAAACACCGCCACCGACGUCUCUCCAAACCAGCAAACUACACCCUGCCUCGCAGAAACAGCCUUCAGAGUCGGGACAUACCACCCCCUUCAGGCAUCAUGAGGAAGAACUCGGUGAGUGGCAGCAGCAGCGGAUCUCAGGACAGAGCUCUGAAAGGUGUGACAUUCGCUCCAGGACACAGCUGCAUGUGAGAGAGGAGCUGCUGAAGACCAUCAGAGCUGCAGACACGUUUUAGCUCCUCAGGAGGAAACGGAGCUUCAUGCAGAUGGUUUCAGAUCUGAUGCUUCAGGGUCCAAACCGGACUGAUACGCUCAGCAUCAUGAAGAUAUUAAAGUUAAAGAAAAUCUGGAUUCAUGUUUCAGAUGAUUUAAGAGACUUGGAAAAUCUGGAAGCUAACUGGGUGUGACAGAGACUCCAGUCAUGAAGGCAGCUUUAAACCGGUUUUAUUUAUUUAUCCUUAUUUUUAUUGCUAAGCUUCACCAUGUUGACAUAUUUUUGCUCAAAAUCUUGUUUAUAAAUGUUAAUAUUUUAUUGCUGCUGGUUCUGUUUCUCAUCAGGUUGAAGUUACAGCAGCAGCUCAUCUGUGUCUUAUUUAAUGGAUUGCUGCUGAAGCUGAACAUAAAACCUGGACAUUGUUUUUGCUUCUGUUUUUAAAGUUUGAAACAUUAAAAAGGUUUAAUAAAAUAAUCCUGACGAACCUCAUAUUUU